AUGUUCGCCCGCGCCAUCAUCAUUGCCGCCGCCGUCGCACUCGCCGCUGCCCACGUCCAGCGCGAGCACUCGGACGACUACUCCCCCGAGAACGACUACGACCACGACGUCGAGUACAAGAAGCCCGAGUACGGCUACAAGGAGAGCGCCUACGACAAGGCCUACGACUACGCUUUUGAGCACUACGCGCACGAGGCCAAGGAGGACAAGCGCGGUCUUGGCUACGGCGAGACCUGGGAGGACAACUUCGAGCGCCGCAACAUGCAGCACGAGUACAAGGCACCCAAGCCGUGCAAGGACUACUCAUGCUACACCGACUCGGAGUACGUCCCCGCGCCCGUCGGCACUUGCAGCAAGGGCGACCUCCAGUGCUGCAACCAGGUCCAGUCGGCCAAGACCGUCGACUUUGAGCAGUUCAAGGCCUCGGAGAUCUACGAGCUCAUCCCCAACGCGCUCCGCGGCUCGAACGCCCCCGUCGGCCUCGCGUGCUCUCCCCUUAUCGCAGACACCUCCGGCGGUGUGCAGUGCAACCAGCAGGCUGUGUGCUGCGACGGUGGCCACUUCUCCGGUCUCUUCUCCGUCAACUGCAACGCCUUCAACGGUGGCAGCCAGAGUGCAGGCAUCUUCUGA